AUGGGCGACUGGAGCUUCCUGGGGGAGUUCCUGGAGGAAGUGCACAAGCACUCCACGGUCAUCGGCAAGGUCUGGCUCACCGUGCUCUUCAUCUUCCGCAUGCUGGUGCUGGGCACGGCGGCCGAGUCGUCCUGGGGGGACGAGCAGGCGGAUUUCCAGUGCGACACGAUUCAGCCGGGCUGCGAGAACGUGUGCUACGACCAGGCCUUCCCCAUCUCCCACAUCCGCUACUGGGUGCUGCAGAUCAUCUUCGUGUCCACGCCGUCGCUCGUGUACAUGGGCCACGCCGUGCACCACGUGCGCAUGGAGGAGAAGCGGAAGCUGCGCGAGGCCGAGCGGGCCCGAGAGGCCCGGGGCGCCGGGCCCUGCGAGUACCCCGUGGGCGAGAAGGCGGAGCUGUCCUGCUGGGAGGAGGCCAACGGCAGGAUCGUCCUGCGGGGCACUCUGCUCAACACCUACGUCUGCAGCAUCCUCAUCCGCACCACCAUGGAGGUGGCCUUCAUCGUGGGCCAGUACCUCCUCUACGGGGUCUUCUUGGACACCCUGCACGUCUGCCGCCGGAGUCCCUGCCCCCACCCCGUCAACUGCUACGUGUCCCGGCCCACGGAGAAGAACGUCUUCAUCGUCUUCAUGCUGGCCGUGGCCGGACUGUCCCUCGUCCUCAGUCUGGCUGAACUCUACCACCUGGGCUGGAAGAAGUUCAGACAGCGAUUCGCCAAGUCGCGGCCAGGCGUGGCCGAGUGCCAGCUGCCCGGCCCCGCGGCCGGCCUGGCCCAGAGCUGCACGCCGCCCCCCGCCUUCAGCCAGUGCCUGGAAAACGGCCCGGGGGGCAAGUUCUUCAAUCCCUUCAGCAACCAGGUGGCCUCGCAGCAGAACACGGACAACCUGGCCACCGAGCAGGUGCGAGGCCAGGAGCAGGUUCCCGGGGAGGGUUUUAUUCACGUCCACUACUCCCAGAAGCCUGAGGUGCCCAGCGAGGUCUCCUCCGGUCACCGCCUCCCCCACAGCUACCAGAGUGACAAGCGCCGUCUCAGCAAGGCCAGCAGCAAGGCCAGGUCGGAUGACCUCUCAGUGUGA